UAUAUGUGUUAUAUGUAGAUUAAUUGAUUCAUGAUGUAUGUGAUGUCACAGUGACAACUUCCCCUUAAGAUAGACAUGGCUGACAGGGAUUUUCUCUACCUCGUUUCUAAUUCUUUGACAUUUGUGGCAUGAAAUCUUUUGACCAGUUUUGUUGUGUAAAUUAAAAUAGUAUCCUGCUAAAAAUCUGAGAUUUAUUUUUAUCAUCUGAUCUAAUGUAGUACUAACUUUAGCAGUAGUAAGAUUGUUCAACCCUUGAUCCGAUUUGAUAUUCAUAUUUGUGGUUCCGAUCUGCACUUCCGGAAGAUCUUAGGGAUUGAUAUCUUGUCCGACUGGGGUGAGAAAGAAAUAAAUUGAUAGAGGAGACAAUGAAAGGUUUUGAAAUUGGACAGAAACAGACCUACCCAAAACUACAGAACUAAGAAGAAUGGCACAUAUGUCUUACAACUAAUUGAUUUAAUUUGAAUUCUUGCAUUUCAUUCAAAAUUCAUUUUAGUACCACAACAAACCAGAUCAAAUAUGGGUGAUACCGUAGAACAAAUUACAACCAUGGAAUGCAUAGAUUUUCGAUUCCUUCCAAGAACAAACACUUCACAUACACCAGAUGCGCUAUUAAGCACAACGCAAAGAACAGUUGGACAGAAAGUAUACCUCACGUGCCCUGAAGACUAUAAAUUGAUUGGACGAGAUAUUGUCACGUGCUUAAGCUCUGGCAAAUGGAAUGUAGAGGCUCAACCUCAUUGCACAGAUGAAACUUUCGCUAUGUCAGACUCUACAAAACUUUACAUAGGAGUAUUUUGUGCCUGUGGAGCAUUAUUUUUAUUUGCAGUCACUAUACUGAUAGCAAAACUAACAUGUUUUAGUGAUAAAGAACUUCGAAGGAGGAGAACAGACGGUUUAGGUACACAGUCAGUUGAUUCUAUGACAUAUGUUCACGAUAUAAAAGACCAUCCUCCUGCUGUAAUUAGUGUAGCAGAGGACGGAUCAGAGGUGGGGAUUAUUAGGCCAUUUGAGACAUUUAUAAACCCUGCUUAUUACCAACAACCCCGUCCUCGUUUGUCAAGUCAUUCUCGAUCAACCGGAAGUACUCGUGAAAGUGAGGCUGAUUACGAUGCACCAUGGAGUACAGGGUCACCAGAUGAACGUCAGUGUUGUCACACGAAUACGAACAACUGUCAUGAACCUGUGGAAAGACGAUGGAGCGAUCGUAGUUUAAAAGCCAUGAAUAAUUUUGAUUAUGAAAGGUAUGGAAGGAUACCACGAAUCAAUCCAAAUAAUCCACCAGUAUUUGAGUUACCGGAAGAUGAUCAGACGCCAUUUUGAUUUUCCAAAAUUCACCAACAUGCUAUUGCAACGCUCGUCUCCUACAUAUAAGAUCUCAGUCAUAUCAUUUUGCGUCUGAAUAAGUUUAAUUUCAAGGAAAUGAGACAUUUAGUGGAUAUCUGUUCAAUGUGUUAUGAUUAGUCUUAUGUUAUGCACAGUUCUGCCAACUUUUAUGUAAUGCCAUUUUCCUUGAAAAAAAGUAUUUAUCGGUAUUUCACAUCAAUGACCUAUGCAGUUUAAUUAUUUAUAUUUUUAUGAUUAUAUUAAUCACACAAAUUCAAACAAUUAAGUUUAAAUAAAUAUGUAAACAUAA